UGUCUCCAUUCUUUCUAUAGCACAAUAUCCUUCACCUCCCUCUCUCUCUCUCUCUCUAAAAAUGAUGUUGAGACGACAAAGAUCGAAUUCUUGAAAUUCUGAGAAAAGCCACAUAAUCAAAGCUAAAGAGGUGGCUUAAACAGCUGAUGACUUGCACUGGAAUGGCUUUCUUCUCCUCCAAUUUCAUGUUACAAUCCUCCCAAGAAGAUGACCAUCAUGCCCCUACAUCUCUCUCUCCAAUCCUCCCACCUUGCAGUACCACCACUCAAGAUUUCAGUGUUGAUGAUCUUGGUGCAGGUGCGGCUUUCUUGGGAAAAAGAUCUAUGUCUUCUUACUCAGGUUUGAACAACAACAACAUGGAUGGAUGUGAUCAAGAUGGGAACAUGAAUGGAGAAGAUGAGUUAUCAGAUGAUGGAUCACAGCUUCUUGCAGGAGAGAAAAAGAGGAGAUUAAACAUGGAACAAGUGAAGACACUUGAGAGAAACUUUGAGUUAGGAAAUAAGCUUGAACCUGAGAGAAAAAUGCAACUUGCAAGAGCACUUGGACUACAACCAAGACAGAUUGCUAUAUGGUUUCAAAACAGAAGAGCUAGAUGGAAAACUAAACAGUUGGAAAAAGACUAUGAUGCCCUCAAGAGACAGUUUGAAGCUGUUAAAGCUGAGAAUGAUUCACUCCAAUCUCAAAAUCAUAAACUUCAUGCUGAGAUUGAAACUUUGCAGAUAAUGGCACUAAAAAAUAGGGAGCCAGCAGAACUAAUCAACCUCAACAUAAAAGAAACAGAAGGAUCUUGCAGCAACCGAAGCGAAAACAGCUCUGAAAUCAAACUAGACAUCUCAAGAACACCGGCUACCGAUAGCCCUUUAUCAUCACACCAUCAACACCAACACCAGCCAAUACCUAAUCUUUUUCCAUCGUCGAAUAUCGAUAGGCCUAAUUCGAAUAACAUUGUGGCGCAUCAACUUUUCCACAAUUCGUCAUCAAGGCCGGCAGAUCAUCAACUUCAUUGCCACAAACUCGAUCAAUCGAAUGCCAUUAAAGAAGAAUGUUUUAGCACAAUGUUUGUUGGUAUGGAUGAUCAAUCAGGGUUUUGGCCAUGGUUGGAACAACCACAAUUCAAUUGAUGGAAUCAAGAAGCAAAAAAGCAAAAGAAAACGGUACCCGAUUCGCCUUCUUGGCUUUGGUUUGAUUAUAUUAAAGAUGGAGAUCAUCAAUCUGUUUGUUCUCUAAGCUUUAAAUUCUUGUUUUUUGGUACUUAAAUUAAUAGAGUAAAAAUUAGAAGAAAAAACGUAUUAUUAUUUUAAAUUCAAGAUUAGUGUUUGGAUAAUCCUUGUAUUCAAAGAAAUAAAAGGGUAUUUGCAUUAUUUUACUAAUA